AUGUUCUCUCCUUCCGUCGGCCGCGGCGCCGAGAAUGUGUCUCCCAUCCCGACCGCUACCCGUGGCCGGCGACGCCAGCGUCCCGUGAGCACCGACAACUCCGUCCAGCAGCCCAAAGCGAAGCGCCAGAGGAUACCGUUGAGCGACCAGACCUUCGCUAAUGCCGAUGCUGGCCCGGAGACGUACGAGGUGAAGUCAACAAGGCCUGCGAUGGUGGAGCUGAAGCAGGAUGGCGUCGAGGAACCCCCUAUAUCCAAGCAGGAGCUUAGUUUCCGGUCGAAAAAGGCUCGCGUCGGUGACCGCUUUGCCAAGGGAGACGGGAGCACGCUUUUGUCAACCAAUAUCGCGUUCGAUGUCAGGAAGCUCCCUGCUCUGCCAGACCGAUUAAAAUUGGAUGCUGCUAGUAGCCAGCACGGUUCCACCGACAGCCAUACCGGCUACGCCUUAAGCCUAUCCCACACCCAUGCCAUUGUCUGGCCGUAUGCCGCCCCUACCCAGUCUCCCGAAUCCUUCACCUUCACGCUGCCAUAUCCGUCGAAACAUGCGACCGACCCCCUCCCUCUAGGCGCGCUUGUUCCACCCUCUGCAUCCUCGUCCGAACCAGGUUUGGUGGUGGUAAUGCCUACCAGCGGUAAAAUUACGUACUGGGAAUCGAUAUCGAGCGCGACGACGCUCGACUUUCUACGACAGCAGCAGACUGGUGUUGAGGAUUCCGUCACGGGCAUGUUCUCCGGAGAAGCCGUCAUCCAGAUUGUCCACGCCGAAUCAGCCGCGGGCUUCCUGCUGGCUUUCAGCACCGGGCGAAUGGCUUAUUUAAGUGUACGAGAUGUCCACGGCCGCCCCAAAAUAUCGACACACUUCUUGCGUACCAACCUCGGCCCCGCUAGUAACGGGUUCUUUGGUAGCCUCCGGCAUGCAUUGUCUCAAACCGCUCUCCAAGGAGACAUUUCCGCCAUACGUUCAGAACGAUCGUCCAGGCAGGGCGAAUGUACCGUUGUUGCUGCUACUUCCAAAGGCCGACUACAUUCGUGGAGAGUACAUCGCGGAGGCCACCACGACCUUCUUGUCGAGUUGGAUGCUCGAAACGCCAUCCUUAGCGCCGUCCAACAGGUAGAUCAAGUAACUGCCAAGCUGCCUGCCGAAUCGUUCAGGAUACUCGACUUCAGUUUCGUCCCCCGGUCCCUCGAGCCGAAGCACAGUGAUUUAAGCCAGCUUCGACCCGAGCUAGAACUCGAAGAUGACCAGCAGCAUCUCCUGCUCCUCGUCUCGUUGUCUAAUCGGCAGACGUGGCGUUAUACGCUUGUCGAAGUGGCCUUGUCCGCCGGGACCACACGCGAUCCUCUGUUCGUCGGCAUGAUUCGACCUAUAUCCGCCUAUUCCACCCCACCAGAUCCGCAUGCUCUUACCAAACCCCGACUGUAUCUCCCGAGACCUAAUAUCAUAGCCUUCGUCGUGUUCGACCACGCUGCAGUAGUAGCUUCGAUCGCCCAGCCGCCCGACUCGCCCGACUCCCAGAUUCUCGAGGACAACCACCUCCUGCCUGCUUCAUUUGAGGAUGUUGUCGACUUACGCGUGGACCCCACGCUUGAGAUCGUCGGUUCCGGUAUCGAAGAACCUCAAGUACUUGGUUUCGGGUCCGGCGAAGGAAGAGCUCCUCGUAUCAGACCGAAGAAUCCCGCGGCUAUACUCUUGGUUCGAGGUGUGGGCACCCUGCGUAUUGCUAUGGCGGAUGUGGAGCGAUUUGCAAGUGAGAAGCCGCCCGAGGUCACGGCCAAAACCAAGCUUGAGCAAGCUGUGUUCUUCGGCGUCAAGGAGGACAAUCCCCUCGUGUUCGAUAUUCAGCACGGUCUGCACUUCACAGACAGAGAAUACGGUGUGGCUGCUCUGGAGUUGAGCCAGGAGAUUCUGACUUCUGCCGGUCAGCACUGUACGUCCCUCGCUGCGCGGGUCGAUACCAACAUCAAAGAGCGCGUGCGAUAUUUGGAGAAGAUCAUGACCCAAAUUAAGAGCCUGAGAGUCAACCUAGAUCGCGUCACCAAGUGGCAACUUCUCUGGAAUGCGGAGAAGAUGCACGUUGCUAACGUCAUCUGGCAUAAGCACGAGGACUUCACCCAGCUCCGGCCGGCAGCAUCUAAGAAGAGCAUUGUCGCCGAAAUCGUCGAGUAUAUCCGGUCCGAGGAGAAGUCGGAACCGAAUGCCGCGAAGGGUGAAGUCGACGAGCUGCGCCAUUGGUUUAUUCGCGACGUCGACCGCAUGGAGAUAUUUAUCGCCUGGGCCUACGAAGUUAUCAAACACAACUCCAAGGCCAACUUAGACGAGAAAUCCCUCACGCGACUAAUUUACGAAGCAGCGGAAAUCUACAACAGCGCGAUACGAGAUGCUUUCGUCUUCCGGACGAAGAAUCUCAAACUGUACGGUCUAGAAGGAGAGCACCUCGAACACGGAAUCCUGGCUGCUAAUUACGCUGGGCUCCCGACCCCCUGGACCUGCCAUCCGUUUAUCGCGAACAAUGUGAAGAGACAAGUAGAACUCUCUACGGAGUGGGUUAAGCAGCACUGGCCGACGGAGACCGAAGCGCAGGACGUCUUGAUUCAGAAUACUAGAGAGCUUCUCCCCCAGAUGACCGAGGUUUAUCUCACCGUGAUCCAAGAGUUAUCCCGGUCGUAUCUCGCAAGCGAUGAUCCUAAAAAGUCGGCCGAUGGACAGAAGUACGGGGCAAUCUACGAGCAAGAUCGCCACGACAAGGUCGUCCUCCUGGCUCAGACAGAGAACUGGGAAGCAGGUAUAAGCAUUGCCGAGAGCCACGAGUCGCUGCCCGCUCUCGCACAGAUUCUGACCCGCGAGAUCGACGUGCUUCGGACCCAAGUACUGUCGCCUGGCCUUUCUGCGGGGCAAGCCGAGAAGCUAGAGUCGAAGAUGACGGCGAAGGAGGAUCUGGUCAAGGAGUACUUCAGGACGUAUGGGGAAGACUUUGCUUUCCCGUUCUACGAGUAUUUAUUCACAACUUACGGGGUUGAUGCUCUCCUCGAGUACGACGGUGACAAGAAGUACAAGACGACGUAUCUCCGAACGAAGCCGGAACUAGCCAAGGUCUCGUGGAUCAACGACAUCAUCGGCGAAUCAGACAUCGACCAUGCUGCCAACACACUCCUCGACCUUGGUCUGGCUCGCGAGCAGCAGGUCUGGAACAAGAAGAUCGAGCUGAGUCUCGGUAAGCUGGCUAGGAUGGCCGAGUCGUCUCGGCCUUCCAGCAAGAUGUCUACGAGCCUCCAGAAUCUGAACAUCAACGAGACGACCGAAGACGCCCAAGUAAGCGCGAUCGACAGGGAGCUUGCCAUUAUCGGCAUUCAGGAUGACCUCUACAACACGCAAAUCCGUCCUGCCAUCAGCCUGGCGCUCGAGGGAGAGGAGUUGAGCCUCAUACAAGAAAGGUUUGCCCUCACAAUCCCGAAGAAGUACAAAAUACUCUCGCAGAUAUUCGACGAUGCCUUGCGGCGACUCGUGGAUCAUGAGGCCCUGGACCCGCUCACGUUAAUCGACCUCCUAACUCUGAUUACCCUGCCGCCGGAGACAAGGGAGCACAUGCCCGAUCAGUUUUUUUCGGCCAUUCGAGUGGCGUAUAACGGCCUCCACGGCGCCGAGCGCGUACAGGCCGAGCGACUCAUAUGGCGAAGAUGCUUCCUCCGAGAAGAUUGGGCGCAAGUCAACAACACCACCCUCAAGAACGACAACGACAUCGUCGAAGUCCUGGGCCAGACAGAUCUUUUCCAGUUUCACUGCACAUUAUAUGCGGACCAGAAAAAUGGCGGCGACGAGAAUAAUCACCGACGACUCCUACCGUCAGAGGCCGCCGGGGUAUUCACCGAAACCCUCGAUCGACGAUUCGAGAAAAUGGAGAAGAGCUACCGCGAAAAGGUGCUGGAGGCGAUGAGAUGGGAAGACGGCAACCUCCUCAAGCAUAUCGAGAAGCAUCGCCUAGACCAAUGGGCCAAGGAAACGCGAAAAUUCGCCGAGGAAGCUGUCAACCAGCAAUUCGACGAGACGGCGGCGGCCAGGGCCGCGUCAAGCUCGCCCAAGCUUGGAUCGACAAAGAGGCAAGCCCAGGCGUUUGAGGCUAUGCAUGGGCAAAACGGAACGCAUUUGGAAUCCGGUGUCGUGUUUUAA